GGGGAGAGCCCCUCUAGACAAAGGGAGCCAGCAGAUAGACUUCGGAGGGUGCGCGUACAUGUGUUCCUCCUUCUCCUGCUAAGGAUCAACCAUGCCGAGCGCCAAGCCCAUCUUUGCUGCCUUCACCCUACAGCUUCUCUUCCUCCUCCUUUUCUUGACCGGCGUCUCCCCCUAUUGCCAUGUCAGCACAGCCGAUGAAUGUGAUGAGCAAAAAGACUUUGUGCCUGGCUACAGCUUGGCUGGAGAAGGCCUGGACAUCACCACGCUGGAGAAGAAGGCCAAGGUAUUGGAUCUGAAUGAGUGGCAGAAAGCUGAUGGCACCUGCACCCUGUGCCGUAACCCUCUUCUGCAGAAUAGGCCUCUUCAGAGACUUCCCUUGGUGGCUGUUGACUGGACAGCCAAAGUGAAGUGUCAGAGGAAGGUUCACACUUCUCUACAAAGCUCUGGCAUUGAUGUGCUUCACGCAGCAGCAUCUGAUGUGAACAACGACUGGAAGGUGGGGCUUGAUGUGCAGCCAAAACCCGGGGUUCAAGUCCAGAUGACUAUGGCUGGAACUCACUCCAAGAUGGCGGACUUCACCAUGCAGAAGAGUAACCAAGACAAGUACAGUUUUGCAAGCCACGAGGUCUCCUGCUCUUAUUACAGCUUCCAUAUCAGCCAAUACAUUCCCACCAGCCAUUUCAGGCACGCUCUUCGCAGUCUCCCUGCCAAGUAUCAACCUGGCUCCCAUCUGGAAUAUCGUCAGCUCAUUGGCAUCUAUGGGACCCACUUCAUCAGUCACCUGCAUUUGGGGGGCCGUGUGAGGGAUGUGACAGCCGUGCGGGUCUGCGAGACAGCGUUGGAUGGUGUGUCUGUUGACGAAGUUAAAGACUGUUUAAGCCUCGAGGCCUCAGCCAACAUUGGGGGUGGCAAAGGGAGCCUCAGCGCAGCCUACAAAGCAUGUGAAGAGCUGAAGAAGAAGAAGAGUUUCAAAGGAAGCUUCCACAACACCUACAACGAGAGACACACAGAGGUGGUGGGAGGGGAACAAAACACUGACUUGCUUUUUUCGAAUGAACAAAACCCUGAAGGCUAUAAGCAGUGGUCGGAAAGCCUCAAAUCUAUGCCCGAGCUCCUUUCUUACUCCCUGAAGCCCCUCCAUAAUUUGCUGCCUAAGGGUGACCCAAAGCGGGACAGUUUGCAGCGGGCGGUGAGCGAGUACAUCAGAGAAAGGACCCUUUGGAGGAACUGCACCCAGCCUUGCCCUCCUGGCUCCCAACGCAGCCUCCGGGAUCCCUGCUCCUGCACGUGCCCCAGUGACGGCAUCACUAACACCAUGUGCUGCUCCCGGGAGCGAGGCCAGAGCAAACUAACGGUGACGAUUCGACGUGCCUAUGGUCUCUGGGGAGAUCAUACCACAAGAACGGAUGCUUACGUCAAGGUAUUCUUCCAGGGCAUUCAGAGCCGGACAUCCACUGUGUGGAAUAAUGACAACCCGGUCUGGAUGACCCACUUGGAUCUGGGGAGAGUCCAGGGCUUGGGAGAAACCAGCAAGCUCCGAAUACAAGUCUGGGAUGAAGACAAUCGUUACAAUGAUGAUCUUCUGGGCACGUGUGACCGAAUUCCCAGGUCUGGGAAAUCUCAGACCCAGGUGUGUUACUUUGACUAUGGACGCCUUGAAUUUCAGUAUCAUUUGGAAUGUGGCCCCUUCUUAGGGGGGCCCUAUUGCUUGGAUUAUGCCCCUCAGCAGCCACACAGGGCUGCUAUGUUGCAACGUGGAGCAAAGUGAAACCCAUGAUAGAAACAGGCGGGAUAAAAGACUACACAUAGUCCUCCACUUUUGACCACAAUUGAGCCCGGUUGUUAAGUGAGUUUUGCUCCAGUUGUGACCCUUUUUUUGGUCACAAUUGUUUGUUUGUUUUUUUAAAGUUUUUUAUUUAUAAUACAGUUAAAACAAAAAUGGACAUAACAUGACAUUCCAGAAUAAAUAUUCCUAACAAUUUGUUCCUCUUAAUACAUAUAAUUAAUACAUCAUUCUUAAUCACUAAAUAAACUUAUUCUUCUAUACAAUUAUAUAUACAGUUAUAUGUAUUUCUGUCUUAACACUAGCUUGACGUCCGAGCAGUUCUCCUUAAUUCAUACCAGUAAUAAAAUUUAUCCCAGAUUUCAAAGUAGUCUGAUUCUGUCUUAUCCUUCAUUUCCAUUGUGAGCCUAUCCAUUUCAGCACACAAUAAAAUUUUAUAUAAAAUCUCUUCUUCUGUUGGAAUUCCUUUAUUCCUCCAGUUUUGAGCGUAUACCAAUCUAGCAGCCGUGAGAAUGUGUAACAUCAAAUAGAAUACCCCUUUGCAUAUUUCUGCGUGGUUAUGCCUAAUAAAAGGAGUUCUGGUUUUAACUCUACCGCUAGCAUUAAAAUUUCUUCCAACCAUUUUUUUAACCUUCUUCCAAAAAUCACAGGCUCAUGGGCACUCCCACCAUAUAUGAUAGUAUGUCCCAGUUGCCAAUUUACAUUUCCAACAUUUGGAAGAAGCAUUUGAACCCAUUCUAGCUAACCUUAUGGGUGGGAAAUGCCAUCUAUAGAACAUUUUGUAGAGAUUUUCUUUGCAGGAGGUGGCCUGUUUCUUGCCCAUAGUUCUUGCC